AUGGAGGGCAUCGGGGCUGCAACGGCUCCUCCCCAGGCGCCGCCGCCGACGAGGAGGGCCGCGGCGGCGGCCACUCUGCGCGGUCUCCUCGCGCUGGCCGCCGACGCCGUCGUCUACUGCUUCCUCGUCGGGCUGUGGCUGUGCAACGUCACCAGCGCCGCCUUCAUCGCCGCACGCCGGGCCUGCGGGGAGGACUCGCCCGCCGCCGCCAUCGCGAAGCAGCUCUUCGUGGUGGCCCUCGUUGCCACGGGGCUGCUCUUCUACUUCGCCGCCCCGCUGCUGCUCUGGCGCAGUGGGAACGGGGGCCGCAAGACCGAGGCCCGUGAGGAGAUUGGUGGGGGUGGAGACGCCAAGAGGCCCGUGGCGCAGGGGCGUCGUUCUGAGAACACUGGAACACGCGGCCGUCAGGAUGGAGUUGGUCCCAUCACCGCGCACGUCCUCAUUUUCUUGAUCAUGGUCAUGGUCUUGGGUAUGCUGAUGCAAGUGCUUGCGCCGGAAAAAGAAUCCUGUGAAGGGAGGGUUGGUUCCAUGCUUGUUGAUGUCGGAAGCUUCCUUUACUCUCUUAUGUUCUGCUUCAUUGUUUCCCCGAACUUUCUGAUCCAGCCAAGGGCUAGCCGUGCCAAAGUGAAGUGCUGA